ACUUUUGCGGUCUCGCGCUCACAUCGCCCAAGCCGAAAGAGAGCCCUAAAAUACCGCGUAAGUGGUCGGUAUUGGGACGUGAAGCACCAUGGAAGGCCAAUGGCGAUCGGAGAUCCCUGAGGACAUGCGCAAGAAGAUGAUCACUGAAAUGUAUCAUGAGCUGGCGCGUAUCUCCGGCGAGGUAGACAAGCAGAAAGUAUGGGGAUCGGCAGCCAAAUUCGAGCUGAUGCUGUGGUCCAGCAGCCCCGACCGAAACUCGUACCUAAUGAAGAUGCAGCGUAAGAUCAUGAGUCUCAAGAAGAAGCCCGGUGCCGGCGAGAUGCAGCAGCCCAACAUGAUGGCUAACGCCAACAACGUCGUGACAUCCAACGCUAUGAACGCUGCAGCCACUGGCAUGAACAACGGACUUAAUAUGAACAUGAACGCCGCCAACAUGGGCGCCAUGAACGCACAGCAGUUUCAACAGAACAAUGCUGCUGUGAGUGCAGCCAUGAACAACUUCCAGCAACAAGCUCAAGCUCAGGUUCAAGCUCAGGCACAGGCACAAGCUCAAGCUCAGGCACAGGCACAAGCUCAAGCUCAAGCUCAAGCUCAAGCUCAAGCUCAAGCUCAAGCUCAAGCGCAGGCUCAAGCGCAAGCUCAAGUUCAGCAACAGAACGCAGCGGCGCUGGCUGCUGCAGUGUCCAAUGGUGUGAGUGUUGGCGCCUCGACUGCAUUAAACCCGGCAGUGACGGCUGGCUUGAACGCUACCAGUACUGCUCCGACGACGGCUGGCACCACUCCGUCAGUGAGUAUCCCUACUGCUCCGCAACAGCAGGCGCAGCAGUGGCUACAACGUAUCCAAGUGCAGUUCCAGGCCCAACAGCGACAGCUUCUGCACACGCAGAACCAAGAGACGCAGCAGCUUCGUCAACAGCAUUUGAACCAGCAACAACAGCUCACUCAGCAGCAGCAACAGCAAGGAGUGGCCCCUGAUCUGCGCCGUCAACAGCUCCAGACUCUGCAGCAACAACACCAACUGGCGCGGACUCGCCUCCAACAUCUCCACAAGAGCAAGCAGCAACAAUUGCAGCGCAAACAGCAGCAAUAUUUGAUGCAGAAACAGCACCAGCUUCAACAGCAGCAGCAGCAACAAGGUUCCAUUGCCGCCACGCCAGCUACAGCUACUACGACCGCUGUUCCAUCCACAGCCAUGAUGGCUACACCGCAAACUGGCGCCACGACUGCGUCCAUGUCUCUUCCCAAUGCAACGACGGUGCAGACUACGGCUCCUACGGUCCCAACGACGCAAGCAGCGGCGACUCUUACGGCUGCGCAGCGUGGCGUCAAGCCGGAGCAACUGGCAGCUGCACACACGCAACAGGCGGCGAUGCGAGAGCUGCAGCGUGCGCAGAACACGACCCAGUUACAAGCCGAUGCGUUGAAGCACCAGCUCCCGAAUGGCACGACUGCUACCACUGCAUCGUCGACUCCUGCGGUCUCUGCGACGACUGCGACGACCACAACAACUACAACUGGAAACAGCAGUCAGACGUACGUGGAGAGACUGAAGGAGAUGAAGCAGAAGUACUGGGAUGAUCUGGUCAUUGUGUACCGCGAGUUUGAGCGCAUGGUCAAGCAGAAACCAGCCAAUCAGCAGCAGGAGCGUAUCAACACUUUCCUAGUAAACUUGAAGCGCAUCAUCGCGCUCCUGCAGCAAGACCCAUCGAAGGUCACGAGCAGCAACAAGAACGACCUGGAUCGAGUGGAAGCUCACAUUCACAAGCAGGUGCUGCCAAUUCUGGAGCGUUUGAAGAACAAGACGCGCGCUGCGGCGGGGAACGGAGCCAAUGGGACUGCAGCAGCUCAACAGGAACAGCUCAAGAAGACGCAGGAAGCUCAGCGACUCGCACAACUACAAGAACAGCAGAAAAAGAUGCAAGAACAACAGAAAGCAGAGGCUCAACGUAAACUGCUUGAAGAGCAGAAGAAAAAGUUGCAACUCGAAGCUGCAGCAGCCGCAGCUGCCAAGAAACAAGAACUGUUAGAGCAACAACGUCAGCAGAAACAAAAGCAGCUUCAGGCUCAACAAGCUCUCCUCCAACAGCAGCAACAACAGCGACAACAGUUGUUGGCUCAGCAGCAAGCGCAACUCAAGCAGAACCAGAUGCGUAUGAACGCAGCCGCGCAACCUGCAGCAUCGGGAGCAACGCCGGCUACGAUGCUGGCUACGGGGAACGGCCUUGCCACACCGGCUACAGCGAAUGGAACUGGCGUAUCGCCUACAAGUCUCGGAGCUUCGUUACAGACUCCAAUUGAUGUGUCGACGUCGUCUGCAGGAGAGACCAGUACAACGAACGGCAUGGCGUCAUUGACUCCGGCGCAGUACCGAACGUUCAAGCUGCCAGAGGCGCGUAAGCAGCAGUUGACAGCCCAACACGCCAAGUUACGUGAGCAACAGCAAGAGCUCAUCAUGCAACAAAGUCGAGCCAAGACGCCGUCGCACCAGGCGAAGUUGGCGCAUCAGGCUCAACGUCUUGCACAGAUGAUCAACAAAAUCUCGCAGCAGUUGGUGCAGUGCAAGCUGGCGGAGGAGUACGAACAGUCCAAGAACAUGGGCAUGGCCUCGACGAUGUCACAGCCACUAUCGCAGCCCACUGCGACGGCGACGGCGCUUACCAACACUACGACUGUGAAGCCAGAGACCUCUUCCACUGCUACGCCUGCUGUGAAUGGAGUUGCUCCUGCUGCAUCGGUCGCUGCUGUGGCUCCUGGAUUAGUGCCGGAUGCUUUGAAGGUUGACACUCCUACAACGGUUGGUGAUACUACAACGAAGGUGGACGAGAGCUUCAAGUCAGUGUUACCCGACAUGACCGGGCUGGGUGCGUCCGAGAAACUACUGACUGCCGUAGCUGCCUACGAGAAACACAAGCCCGAGGUGUUAAAGCGUGGAGCGUCACGGUUCUCGCGCAUUGCUGUCACCAUCGGAGCCAAGCUCAACACAUCCUACGUGACUUCCUAGAACGUAUGUCGAGAAUAGUCGGAGACUUCGUGUUUUUAAACAACACCCUGGCUCAGCGAUAGCGAGAAAAUGGGAGAUGAUGAGGACGUGGCAAGGAUAACACGCUCAAGUCGAAGCAGCACACGCACGUUCACACAGGAUCAGAUAGGGAAGCAAAUACUUUUUGCUUUAUUUAUGAAGAAAUGCUGGUGUUGAUUGUGGUUGUUUAGAAAAGUGUCCACUGAAUGUGUUGCCUUGCUUUCGAUCUGAAGUGCGUCUUCGAGUCAGUGCAGCCAUGUCGUGAGGGAUUUGCUGAGGUUGGCUGGUGGCAUGUUAGAAGAUUGUUCCGCUGCAUUGCAGCUUACAUGAACUCUCGUGACGAGUGAAUACGUGUAUUCUCCAUGCUCUCUCGAGACAGUCGUGGCCAGUACUUACUGGAAACGACUGUCGUAGCUACAUACCUGGUCCUGCUUCCUUUAGCAACAUCUUGUAAGUGUGAUACGACAACGAUGUAAUCAUUAUCGUUCACAAAUUGUAAUCACGAUACCGCAU